AUGCAACAGAAUACUGGCUCAGGCGGAUUCGGUUCGAGCGGAACGCCUGGCCCGAAUGCCUUCGGCGCUUUUGGACGGCCACAGCAGCCUUCCUCUGCCUCAACCACCAGCGCUCCACCAAACACGUUCUUUCGGCCGCCGCCAAAGGCCGGAACAUUGUCGGCCUUCUCAUCUAGCUUCGCCAAUAUCCAACCGCAACCAUCCCCUCAACAACAACAACAUCAUCAUCAUCAGCAGCAGCAGCAGCAGCAAAGUAGCUUCGGUGCACCCAGACCUUUUGGAGGAUCCGUAUCGCAACCACAGUCUCAGCAGUCAACAUUUGGCACACCUCGCCCAUUCAACGGCGUGCAGCAGACUCGACCGCGGCAAUCGAGCUUCAAUGCUCCGCGACCUUUCGUAGGUGAUUCACAAUCUCAAUCGCAACCACAACAGCGUUCAUCGACUAUUGGCAGUCGACCGAGACCGUUCACUGCGCGGCCAGCCGGUCCUGGCGCACCGCAAGAGGGAAGACCACCAAAUUCUGGCUCAUUUCGAGGAGGCAGAGGUGGGGGGACCAUCCGCCCCAUCAAGCCCUUUGCGCUGCACGCUAACGCAAAUCAGCAAACUCCUGGAAGCGAUCCUGCUAUCGGAUCAGGACCCAGCAGUCAGCAUGCAUCUCGACCAAGACCGAGACCUUUUGCUAACAAAUCUACCACAUUCAACAACCAGCCGCAGCAGUCCGCGCCAGCUGCCUCUGCUGAAGCUCCUAUGAACGGUCCAAAUGCAACGUCAGCUUUCGGAUUGCCGCCCACCUCACAAAGCGCUGCAAGCUCUACUUCAUCUUCCUUAAACCAGCCUGACUCUUCCUUUCCAUCUACGCAGUCUCGCAGCGGAUUCGGGACCAGCACGUCUGUCUUUGGUUCGAUUCCUGCUUCAAGCAAUACUCCUCCCAUUACCUCAGCCUUUGGUGGUCUGUCGAAGUCUGGUACUUCUUCCACCUUCGGGUCGUCCUCACAGUCGUCAGCAUUCGGGUCCACAGCAGGCCAGUCAGCUUCACCCUCUGCCUUUGGCGCCGGCCAAAGCAGCUCCCCGUUUGGCGGUCAUUCAUUUUCCUCUCCGCAGUCACAAACCCAGACAAGUGCUGCCCACCCUACCCCCUCCUCCGCGAUACCUCCAUCAGGUGUGGUCCCAAAUCCAGCGCCUCCCGCCGCCCCAACCAGCUCUUUCUCCAACUUCCUUCGCAAAGACCGUGGCGGUGCGAGUACAACCGGCAACAUCGCUACAACACCCUUCACAUCAGUCACAGCAAAUGUUAGCAGCACAGAGAAUGAGGACGAGCUGCGCAAGAAGCGCUUCGAAGAUGCUCCCAAGGUCGGCAACCGUUUCCUCGAGAUGAAGGGUGGCAGAGAAGCGCUUCGAAAUGCCUACAUCAAGUCUGGCGUGCUUCCAGACCCGGACAAACCCACUGACCUUGCGUUGGCGGUCAAGCUUGUUGGCACAUGCCAGGAUAUGUGUCCUGAGUUCGAACGUGAGGAGCGCGAGUUCCAGAAGGAGCUCGAUCCCCUAGAAGUGUAUCCCGGCACCGAUCGAGUCGACCCACGCAUCGCAGUCAAGAUCUAUCGUCGUCCAGCAGCAGGUCGGGAGCUACCACUUCCAGAAGACGUUCGUCCGCCUCCCGUUUUGAGGCGUACACUCGACUACCUCUUUCACGACCUCUUGCCCGCCGAUCCGAACGAUCCGCGAUUCACUCAAGUUCAAGGCUUCCUCUGGAAUCGCACGCGAGCAGUGCGUCAAGACUUUAUCGUUCAGAGCGAAGGCGGUCCGAUCGCGAUCGAAUGCCACGAGCGCAUUGCCAGGUACCACAUCCUUUGUCUCCAUUGGCGGGGUGGUCCAGGUGCCGAGGGCUGGAGUGAGCAGCAGGAGCUUGAACAGCUGCGAAAGACGAUGCGCAGUCUUAUCGAAUUCUACGACGACAAUCGCAGGAAGUUCGUCGCCAACAAGCCUGGCAGUGGUCCUCAGCAAGCUUCGCCCAACGAGGCCGAGUUCCGCGCCUACAAUCUUUUGCUUCAUUUGCGCGAUCCUGAAACCCUGCGAGAAGCAGAGCUGCUACCAGCCGACAUCUUCCGCUCUCCAAUGGUGCAGACGGCAAUCAAUCUGCGCCAGCUUGCGCAACGCUCCAACAACCUCGAGAAACGUGGGCAGCCAAGAAACACAGAGGCCACUCUUAACUUGUUCUCCAAGUUCUUUGCUGAGCUGCGCAAGCCCAACGUCAACUAUCUCAUGGCGUGUCUCGCCGAGAACUCAUUCAGCUCGGUGCGCAUUGGAGCAGUGAAGGCCAUGUCCAAGGCUUACAUGGCGCAGCACCGGGGUGUCCCGAUGGAGAGGCUUCAGCAUGUGCUUGGCAUGGACUCAGCCGAGCAAGUGGUAAAGAUGGCGACGCACCUGGGCCUCGAGCUCGAAUAUGAGGCCAAUGUUGCGGUGGGUGUCAAGAUUCAUCGAAGCAUAACGAUCAACGAGGACAAGCCUCUCUCCAAUCCGUUCAGUACGACCAUCGUUGAGGCCAAACGCGGCUCGCACACUAGUGCUGAUGUGGUCGACGGCCGUGCAUCAGGCGUGAGUGCUGUCCUUCCCGGCACCCAGGCAGGAUCACUGGGUUCCACAACAGCCGCGCCAUUGACGCUGUCCUCGGAAAGACCUGCUCAGUACGACUCAAUUCCGUCGUUCAGAGGACAAUCGUCACAACAAGCCUCUUCAGCAUUUGGCUCGGCCAUUUCAUUCUCAUCUGAACAAUCACAGUCGCAGCAAGACGUCAAUCAGUCUUUCGCCCUUGGUGCUACGCCAUCCGCCAAACUAUCGGCCGCUGCUCCUUCUUUCAAGCCUACUUCUUUUGAUUCUACCCAUCCUGACAGAGCAAGCACUCCGUCUGCAUCGAUCACAGCCAGUGGUUUGACUGGUUUUGGCGACAACAACGCAACGAAGGACGGCAAAACGGCGACUUUACCAAGCUUUGGAGGGUUCGGAACGCGUUUGACGCAGCCCAGCCAGGAACUGGCUGCCACGCCCACACUGUUUGGUGCCAAGACAGCGACUUCCAACACUCCGUCCUCAGAUACACAAUCAAAACCAGCAACGCCCCCUAGCUUCUCGUUCGGUCAACCGCCCAGCAAGAGCCUGACCACUGCGUCACCCGCGAGUGGGCCUGCAAAGGCUGCUGUUUCUGCUGCACCUUCCCUUUCAUUAGCCAAUGCGGCCAAAAGUGAUACCGGAACGAGCAAGCGGGCGAUGCCAUCUUUCUUCGGAUCUUCACUGUCACAGCAGUCCACCGUCGAAAAGAUUGCUGAAGCAGCUUCCAGGCCUGCAGAUGUCCAGCAAGGCGGCUCGCUUUCAACGCCGGGCAAUCAGAAUCAACGUAUCUCAGAUGCAAAGGAGGACACAGCUGCCCAAGCUGCUUCAGCGGCAAAAAUCGAGGCCGCGAAGAAAGAGCAAGCUAAACGUAGACAAGCCGUCAAGGCUUCUGCAGUGGAUCGUGCGUUCAAAAAGCUGUCUGACGAUGUCAUUCGGUCAGUGGCAGAGAAAAGUGCUGCUCGUGCUGUGCAUGAGGAGGAAACCCGCCGUCGGGCUGCAUCAAGAAACGAGCUUUUGGCUCAGAUCACGGACAGGCUAUGGAAGCGAUUAGCAAACGAACAUGCAGCUGAAGCCGCCGAAAAAGCAAGUCGAAUCGCAACUGCUGAUACAUUGCGAUCCAGAAACUGUGCUCUGCGCGCCUGGUCGCGCUGGAUGGAGGUGCUAGACGAGCGUCGGGACCGCGAACAGCAGCGGAGGCGCCUCGAAGAUCUACGCAGCGAGAUCCGUCGAAGAAACAUCCUCGGCCGCGUCCAACCAGAUGCAAGCGCCUCCGUCCUGAGCACACCUGAUCUUAAAGCUGCAAGCAAAACAUCGAGUCUCGAGGAUAUCAGUCCGGUUCGACACACUUUCUCGAUCCGUCAAGCACUCUUGACAGGCGAGCGGACCAGGAUGAGGCUCUCGGCGCCGCGUUACAAGCGCAAACUCGAGGAUGAGUCCAUAUCGAUGGGCGAGGGACACACAUCGCGCCAGAACGAUGCCGCACUGAGCGAAACGUGGACACGAGUUCGGCGCCAACGCAACCGGCUCUGGGCAGAAGGGUCGCUACUCGAACGGCUAGCUGAUCACAUCGAGGAGCUCCUCCUGCACUUCCGACCGGCCGACCUGGAUCGAUUUGUAGUGGUCUACUCUGGUGCUCCAGGUCAGCACGUUGCAUCGAGUUGGCUCAGAGUCAAGUUCGGCUUUUCGCAUGUCGCCCCCUCUGGAGACAAGGAGAGUGAAGGUGGGCGUGGUGUGCUCGAAAUCGACCUAGCGGACGGAUCGCAGCUCGAUUUGAUCGAUGCUACUCCACGAUCUGUUGGGGUUGAGGUCGAGCUGGAGGCUAUUCUACCGGAUCGAGACGAGCACAGUCAGCCGGGUUUGGUCAUCUUCGAGACGAGUCCGGGCGUUGCCCAAGUGGAAGCACCCCUGGAGAAAAGCACAUUACUCGCUGAGGAUCGAAAGCGGCUCGAGGCCAUUGCGAACUCGAAGCUUGUCAAGAAGAGUCAGCUCGCAUGUCGGCUCUUGGUGGUCAGCUGGGGAAGCACGGAGCUCGGUUCGGAGGUAUCGCUUGCUUCAAAGAGCUUGACGCAAGCGGAUGGCGAUGUAGAGAUGUCGGAUGUAGAUCCGACAUCUCAGAAGAGUCACGCAAGCCGCCAAGUGAACCUGCUCAGCAUGCUAGGAUUGGACCCAACCAAGACCAUCCGCAAUGGUGCUCAGGGCGAUCCUCACUCUGCGACGGCUUCGCAGACAAAGCCAUCUUCAGUGCUCUCUCGGGCCUUCGAACGAGUUGGCGUACUCGAACUGGACGAUGCUUCUAUCUCUGUGGAAAAGUCGUUGGUCAGCGUGCUUGCACAAGCGAUGCCGGAUCUGACACCUAACCCUGUCUUGUAUCUGGAUGCGUCUCGUCGAUCGACAUUGGAAGACGUUGUUCUGCCUUUGUACGACCAAUGGGCGCGGACUUGUGCGCUCCUGUUGGAUGUCCUUUGCGGCCUUCCGCGUACGCUGCUGUCCAGUAGAAGCAGGAAACGCCCCGCAAAAGUCGAGCAUGUUGCGUGCAAGACGCUGCAGGUGUUGACUGCGCUUGCGAAUCACAUCAUACGCACGACGCUCGAUCUUUCCGAUACGAUUUUGGAAGACGGGAAUGCCAGCGAACAGGCGAAAAUCGAGCUGCCGCUGCCGCUUCCGUCGACGGCUCAUGAUGGCGAUCUGGGAAAGUUGGUGGGUAUGGCGUUGUGCCAGCUCGACCAACUUGCCGAGGAGGAGGAGCAAGUGAAACUGCUUUUGCGCUCUCGGCUACUUUCCAACCUCGAGCACGCUCCGGAUCUGCAGCAAGAGCUCAUGGCGGUCAACCGUCUACACGUCGAUCAACUUUUCCGACACUGUCUCGAUAAGUUGCAUCAGGUUUGGCUUGGCGCCCGGCGCGAUACGGAGCACCAAUGCGAAGAAGCACGCGAGGUGUUUGCGCGCUUAUGUGGUGCAGCUGUCGACGAAGUUGCUGGCCAAGUGAGGGCUGUUUGGAGCGAGUAUAGGGUACACGCGAGGAUGGAAGAGGUGGAAGAAGAGCGUUUGGCGCCGAGUCGAGGUGAAGAGGCGGUGUCACCGUCGACCAAGCGCGUUCGCGUGCACGAAAAGUCUUCUGUUCAACCGUCGACGCGGAAUGACGAAUCCGUCGUGCAUGGUAGCACGAGCAAUGUCAGCGAGUUGAGGGACCUCAUUGCACGGACGAGACAGUUCCUCGACAAUGGUGUGCCUUGA